UUAGUUUGUUUUGUAAUAAUGGAUCAUUAUGACCCGGAUAUUCUAACAGAAGAAGCGUUCCAGAAGAGGUUUCAUUAUAAAAACCCAACCGAUGAUAAAUGGAAGAUACCUCAGUGUGCGAUAUUUAGUUGUGAGGGUGGGGUGGUUGGGGGGUUAUCUGGGGUCAAAGAGGGGUUAAAUGAGGUCAAAAGUUCACUGAAUCAUUAUGAAAUACAAAAAUGGAACAAACACACUACUUUUGUCAACCCGUCAGGGAAAGUACUUAACGUUCUGCGUCGGAGGAUUCAGCCAGAGUUAAGCACCCAAGCCUGGUGUAAAUUCCAUGAGCUUUUAUCUUAUGGGAAUGUUAUACCAACCAACUGUGGUGCAGGUGAUACACUCUGUUCUGUUCACCUAUGUGAAGCUCCUGGUGGUUUCAUUGCGAGUUUGAAUCACCAUCUCAAAAGUCAGCGCCCGAAUGUUAAGCAUAAGUGGGUGGGGAAUACCCUAAACCCAUACUAUGAGGGUAAUCCUCUAUCUUCAUGUAUAGUGGAUGACAGACUCAUAUCAAGGACUUUAAAAUCGUGGUGUUUUGGACAAGACAACACAGGAGAUGUUUUUAAACCAGAAUUCAUGGAUUCUUUGAGUGCGCAUUGUCACAAUGAGUUUGAUGAUGCAACAAUCGGAUUAGUAACCGCUGAUGGAAGUUUGAACUGCGCCGAUAAACCUGGAGAGCAAGAGACGGUGGUUGCUCCUUUGCAUCACGUGGAGAUGCUGGAUGCUCUUCAGUUGCUCUGCUCCGGAGGAACCUUCGUGAUGAAGAUGUUCACUUUGUUCGAAGUACAUUCAGCGUCUAUUAUGUACUUGCUAUGUUGCUUGUUUGAAGAGGUGUCCGUCAUCAAACCUGCGACAAGCAAAGCCGGAAACUCUGAGGUUUAUGUUGUGUGUAGGAAUUACUGUGGGCUGGAUGGAUGGAAGGAGUUUCAUGAAAAUCUUCGCAAACAUUUUCCAUUUCAUAAUGUUUUAAAUAAAGGUUUCUCAAUAUUCCCCCCCAGUUUCCUUCCCGACAGUUUCAUAGACCAACACACAGCGUGUGUUCGAUUGUUUGUAACUUUACAAGAAUCCGCCAUCAAUAGAAACAUCUUUUACUACAACAAUAUUACAGAUGAUGCCAAAUCGACAAUAAAACAAGUCCAGGAACAAGUAACCCAGCGCUUCUUUGAUGUUUGUAACUUGCGUAAGAUCAAACAGAAGCUUUGCAUAGUGCCCUCUGGUGUGUUACAAUCUGGGGGAAUUCGUUCAAACAUCAAACAGUGUGCAAGGUUGGAGGGUUCGUUUAGUGACAGAGUGUUGGGCAAGGGAGUUGACCACGCUUCCCAUUCCUCGGAUAACGGAUUCGAAUCUCAUUUCCAUGACGACCCAGAAUGGAUUGUGAUGCGUAAGAAGCAUUUCUGGUGGAACGAAUCAAGCGUGAAGCUCGGGGAAAAGUUACGAGUCAUCAAUUCUUCAAUUUUCUGCGACACGGAUGUUAUCGCCGGUUACCAAUUGUCGUUCGAACAACGAACAAUAGAUUGUGAGUCAGCUGUUUUAAGGAAUGAUUUAGCAGUUUUUCAUGAUAACUCAGCAGAGAUGUCGGACGACUCGACACAUUUUUCUGAUGAAUCAACAAAUUUAUCGCUGACUAACCUCGUUCUAGAGGAAGAUCUACAAAGAAUAAUUACUCAGCAUAAUCAUACAGUGCUUGAAAUUGAACCACCAUGUGGCUCAUCGGUUUACAGCGAGUGGAUUUCAAAACUAAUUGAAAAAACCAACCCCACCCUUGCAAGGGAGAAACUCAACUUAAAAGAAACAAAACCAAACAAUUUCUCCCCGAAAAAACAUGAAGUGGUUUUUACAUCUGUCGUUCCAAGCGAUAUGUUAAAGUUAUGUUGGCCAGAACUUAACUGUCGCCCUUACAUGUUAAAACUUCUUCAAAUUUUGAUGAAAAACAUUCAGAAACGAGGUUCUUGCUUUAUUAUUCUACCAAGUGCAUUGACCCGUCUCACCAUUCAAUCUCUAUGGAUUUUAUCUCAAUGUUUCGAAGAGUUUAUGUUGCAAGUCGUGAAAAUUGACCUUAAACCCCCAGCUAUAUUAUUUGUUGGUGUCAAGUUUAAAGCAAAUCAUAGUUACAUACAUUCACUUGACGACCUAACACGACGGGAAUUACAACCAGGAUACGAAUUUGUUGAAUUAUUUUCAGUUUCUCAAAUGUUCAGUUUAAAGAGUUACUUUUUUGAAUCUGUGCGUCAAUCAAAUAACGCUUGCUUGGUGGAGUUGUCACACUUAUUCAUGACAAGUGGCACGUAACUGAAGCCAGUGAUCGUGAGGUUAUUACUAUUUUAUUCAGCAGCGUAUUUGUAAUCUUAACUUUUACAUUUCUUUAAACUUUAAAAGUGAUUUCGUUUUCAUAAAUUAUGCAGUUUCUGUCAAGAUUCUUAUUUUUUCUGAUUUUGUAAAAACUUUUACCCACAUAAAUUGUGGUCUUUUCUGUAAAAUUUCUAUGCAGUUUAUUUUAUUAACUUUUCAUAAAUGCUUCCACUUUGGGUAAACUAAAUAUAAUAAAUAAAUGAAACAAUGACAAGU